UCACUUCUGUCAGUGUCAACUAUUACGCAAAGUUUUCUGAUAAAUUCCCCGAAAAUAAAUAAUAAUAGACAGUGUAGUUCGACAGUAAAUUAUUUAAUUGUUAAUUUGUACUGAUUCAUCACAUUCAUAAAAUGAAAGAGGUAUGACGUGGUCGAGUGGUUGAGUUUCGGACAUUUGAUGCCUACAUCCUGAAACAGCGUAAUGUUUAUGUAUCUAAUGGAUUUAAAACAUUGUUCCAAGCAAAUGUUUGCACAUCAAUGGCUAUUUUCGAGAAAGAAACUUCUAAUAAAAUAUUGUUAGAUGAUACAGAACCUUUAUCAUGUAUUAUUGAAAACUGGAAAAGCGUUAACGGACAUACUGAGUUCAUCAUAAAAGUACAUAGGGGACCAUUUUCCGACGAAACUUGGAGGAUAUCUAAACGAUAUAAUGAUUUCCAUAAGCUUCAUACCUAUUUACAAUCAUCGGGGUUGCAAUUAUCAUUUCCACCAAAGAAACUCAUCGGCAACUUUGACCCUGAUUUCAUUAAUGAAAGACUGAAAGGUUUGCAGAAAUAUCUGAACUUGAUCCUUAUGAAUCCAAUACUAGUGUCUUCACUUCCUGCUAGAUCUUUUAUAGAUCCUGCUAACUAUUGUCAACCAUUUAGUGAAAUUGCACUGCAGCAUAUAUCUUUAGCACUUAGAGGUGAAGUAGGUUGGGAAGUAGUGUCCCCCUUGGCAGAAAUAGGAUGGAGAAUCAGAAAACAUUACUACCAUCUUAAAAACAAGAAUGUUGCCAAUACAGAAUUUUGGGGGAGUUGGACAGAUUUUGGACCUGAUAAGUAUUUGGACGAUAAAGACAUGCAUAGUUUCUUCAAAAGUCUAUCUCAAAUUCAGCACCCAUUCAUUCAUCCCGUAGAGAUGUGUUUGUGCAAUGAUGUUGGGGGUUUGGUAGUCAGACUUUUUCGAAAAGAUGGUACUUUAAGAGAUCUUUUAUGUAACUCAAAACCAAAACAGUCUUUUUUGAAGAAGUAUGGGAAUCCUAAAGGGCACAAACCAUUAGGAGCUAGCCAAAUAGCUUUGUAUGGUAGACAAAUACUUGAAGGAUUAAAAUUUUUACAUGAUAAAGGAAUACCUUAUGGUCAUUUACAUACAGGAAAUUUAAUAGUGGAAAAUGAUAGGGUAAGAUUGCUGGACAUAGAAAAUGGAGUACUCGGAGUUCCAUCAUUUUAUAGACCUUAUUUUAUGCAACAUAGAAAAAUAAGUAGCUUGGAAGCUAUUGACGUUUAUUGUUUCGGACAUACAUUAUACGAAAUGACUUUUGGUGCACCUUUACAUGAGAGUGUAGUGGAAAACUUUCCAGACUGCAGUCUACCAAUAAAAUCAGUAUUAGAAUCAAUUUUAUCAUUUGACGCAUGUAAAUCAGGAUUGCCAUCUAUAGAUGAUUUGCUUAAUCAACCGUUUUUCUCUACGGUGACUACAAAUGUUGCACAUACUGAGAAGAUAUCUCUCAAAUUGUCAAGUUCGAACAAAGAAAAGUUGAAACUUGUUCAAUGUCAAAUAGAAAAUCGAUUAAAAGAUGAACAAAAGAUGGUCAGAAGUCAGAAACGUCUAGUCAAAGUGCAAGAAAUGAUGAGUUCUGAAGAAGAGAAAAAGAAACAGAGACAUAAACAUAGACACGACCAGAAGUUAUUAGCAAAAGAACAGCAGAAAAAGCAAGAAAAAUUGAGGCAGCAGUCUAUUGAGGCGGAAAAGGCAGAUAGUGUUAACAGUAGUACUGCAACUUCAGUAGGUACGGCAACACCUCCUUCAAGAACAAGUUCACAUGUUCCUUCACCGCCACCUCCUCCACCACCGCCACCUAUGAUAUCUAACGGCGACAUUCCCAAAGUUUCAGCCCCCCCUAGAUCUCCCCCAAUAGUAGCUACAGAUGAUAGAUCUGCUUUAUUGGGUGCUAUAUGCAAUUUCAAUAAAUCAUCAUUACGUAAAUCACAAACAAAAAAGUAAUUCGAUAAAAAACAUUUCUACUUAUAUAUUUUAUUAAUUGUGAUAUCUUCCUUCCUAUUAUAUUAUAUAGAUGAUUAUAUGUAAAAACUAUGUGUAUUUUUAUUGUGAAACAAAAAUCAUUGUGUGUAAUAUAUUAUAUAUCAAAA